UGUCUUUCAAAAUUUCAUUCGGCUGCUACCUUGCAGAUAUUGUCACAAUUCUAUCAAGUUUAUUUUAUUAAUUUACUUUAAUGAAAUGUAAAUAAAAAUGUUUGAAUGAACCGCGUGAGUGCAACAAGUAAACAAGAGCUGACACUAACAGUCUAAGUUUGCAGUUGAUAUCAUAACCUUCCUGAUAAACAGCUGGGUAAACAUUUAACGAGAUCUAGCGGUAAUUUUCCUAGAAAAUGAGAAUAUCUUUACGUUUACUUUCAUCUGCUGUGCAGAAAACGCCGUUUUAUAUUACUACGCCCAUAUUUUAUGUCAAUGCAGCACCGCAUUUGGGUCACCUCUACACAGCUGUGGUAGCAGAUGCGAUACAAAGGUUUGAGAAGCUAACAAACCCGGAUUGUCAUGUAAUUUUUAGCACAGGCACAGAUGAACACGGUACAAAGAUACAGCAAGCGGCCGCUAAAGCCAAGCUGUCACUCCCGGAGUACUGUACUAGUGUAUCCAAUGAGUACAAGCAGUUGUUCCGAGACUUCAAUGUUGAGUACACAGACUUUAUACGAACGACGGAGGAGAGGCAUAAGAUCGCUGUUUCGCAUUUUUGGAAAAAGCUAGUGAAGAAGGAUUAUGUGUACAAGUCGAAGUACAGCGGCUGGUACAGCGUCAACGAUGAGGCAUUCGUACCGGAGACACAUGUUAAGGAUGAACUGAGGGACGGAGAGAAUGUGAAAGUAUCAAUAGAGUCUGGUCACAAGGUAGAAUGGACGGAGGAAACCAACUACAUGUUCCGACUGAGCGCUUUCAAGUCGCAUCUACAGCAGUGGCUGCAGAACGAUGGAGUGAUAACUCCGUCCAAGUUUCAGAAGCAGCUACAGGAGAUGUUGGCUAACGACGCUUACCUGCCCGAUAUAUCGGUCAGCCGGCCGUCCGACCGAGUGCACUGGGCUAUACGGGUACCAGGUGAUGAAGAACAGAGCAUCUACGUGUGGUUGGACGCGUUAGUCAACUACCUGACGGUGGCCGGGUACCCUGACGAGGAUAUCAUGAUGCAACGCGGUAGACCCUGGCCUGCAGACGUACAUGUCGUUGGCAAGGACAUACUGAAAUUCCACGGCAUCUACUGGCCAGCGUUCUUGAUGGCCAUCAAGUGGCACCCCCCGCGCCGCCUGGUUUGCCACUCGCACUGGACGGUGGACGGCAGCAAGAUGUCCAAGUCGCUCGGCAACGUCGUCGCCCCGAGGGACACUCCCGUCGGGAACGAGGCUCUGCGCUAUUUGUUGCUCAGGGAGGCUACUAUGGCCAGUGAUGCCAAUUUCAGUCUCACAAAACUGAUCAACGUGGCUAACUCGGAGCUAGCAGACAGCCUGGGUAACCUGGCGUCUAGAUGCUGUGGCGCGGCCCUCAACCCUCGCCAGGAGUUCCCCGCGCUACAACCGACGGAGUUCUCGCAACUCUUGCAGGGAGAACACGCGGCUUUACUUAUAGAAUAUGUCGAGGCACUGCCUGAAAUGUGUUUCAACUACUAUAAGAACUACCAAUUCUACAAAGCAGUCGACUCCGUUAUAAAAGUGUUGCACGUCGCCAACCUGUUCUUCGAAACCAGCAAGCCUUGGGAACUACGUAAAAACCCAGAAAAACAAAAAGAGCUAGACGUAAUCUUACACGUUACCAUGGAAACGCUCAGAAUAUGCGGCAUCAUACUCCAACCAAUAAUACCGGAGAUGUCGAAAAAACUACUAGACAAACUACAAAUUGGUAGCAAUUGUAGAAGUUGGCAACACUGCGAGACGCCAUCUUGGCGUUUGAAAGGCGCCAUUUAUGAAACUAAGCACAUUCAGAGCGGGAAAUUCGUUCUGUUUCAACGUAUUUAUGAGAAAAAACAGCAAGUUGAACGAAAACCUGCGGCCGAUAAGAGCCAAGUGAAGAAAAAAGCUCAAAAGAAAAAAGUUUCUGUGUAGAUGUGUAUUUUAAAUCACGUAGCUAGACACGGGUUUUAGAAUUGAUCAUUAUUAUUAUAUUAAGUGGUGUCUUCUCAAAGGUCUCAGUUAUAAAUCGUUUUAGUAGUUUUCAAUUUUGUGCCUUUUGCGUUUAAGGUUAGAAAAUAUAAUUAGCCGGAGUUGCGGGGUAAGCGCAAUGAGGCACUGACGCUCAGCCUACAGCAAGAGAAGGAACGGGGGAGUUAAAAUCAGUAAGAGUGACACUCCCUCUCGCCUCACCUCGAAGGGAGAAGUCAUUUUAAUGAUUUUCCCCUCACAAAACAGAA